GGCCGUGCUGCAGGCCGCCACUGCCCCCAAGCGGCCCUCAGCGCACCGGGCCGCCUUGCACGGCCACCGCUCCCAUCGCGACACUCGCUUUACGGCCAGCGCUGGCAACGCGCGUCUCCAUGGUUACGGUCUCCGUGGUUACGGUCUCCCCUGGCGACGGGGCCUGCGUGCCGGGGCCGCUCCGCCAUGUCGGCCUGGCAGGCCUGGUUCGUCGCCCGCGCCCGCCGCAGGUUCGCCAUGAGCCGCGAGUGUGCCCAGCUCCUGCCCCGCGUCUGCGCCGCCCUGGCCGACCCCCGGCAGCCCGGCUCCGACGACACCUGCCUGGAGAAGCUGCUCGACUGGUUGCGGGACCUGACGGAGCUCGAGCCUACCCUGAACGUGGUGCAGGACAACCCCUGUCUUACAGAGUUCUUCACCUCUGUCCUGGCACUACCAGAGCCAAGCCCGAGCAUCCUCUCCUUCACGCUGCGGUUGGCCGGGUUACUUGCAGCUUCGGAAGAAUGUUUCCAGCACUUGCAGCAGGAGAACCUGUUGUUCCGGCUCUUUGGUGCAGGUGGGACACUGAACAGGGCAGUGUGGGAAGAUGCAUCUGUGCGAAGUGGCUGGGUAGAGGGCGUGCACAGCAUGAUGCAUCACCAGCCUGCCCUCCACUUCCUCUGCAAUGGUGGAGGCAUAGAUGUAAUCUUCACUCUGCAAGGGGAUCCCAGCCUGUUUGUAGCUUCAGCUGCCAGCCAGCUUCUGGUGCACAUGCUCACCCUCUCUGUGGAGUCUGAAACAACUGCACCUCUCAGUGAAAAGGACUGCAACUGGCCAGCAUGCGCCCAAAUGAUUAUAAAGCAUAUAGAAGACUCUCUUCAGUCCUGCUCUGCCUCUCGUAUCAAUCAGUCCCUAAAGCUGUUAACUAGUUUGUUUGGCAGUUGUCGAGCUACUUGGACAGAAGUACUUUGGUUACGCAUAGCAAAGCAAGUAGAAUCCUUCUUGACAGAAGACUCUGUUCAAACACGGCACAUGCUGGCAGAUCUUUUGCUAAACAUGUCAAGGUCUCCUGUGUUUUGUGACACUGAAGGCAGUUUUUGGGCAUUAGUGACAUCUGCUCUGGAACGCUUAACCCCGGUACAAGCAGGUCCUUUGGCAGUAGGAAUUCUGAGUCUCCACAAAUGCCCACAAGAUGUGAGGAUUCAGGCAAUGACUGUUCUACUUCAGCCAAUGGACUGUAUUUUGAGAGCAGCCUCCCAGUCUCUGGAAUACGCAGGUUUGCUGGAUGAGUCUGUUAGUGAUCCCUCCACUGUUGAAAGUCUUCUGUCCUCCAAGUCAUCUUGCGCUAGUCUCUUGUGUCAGACUCUUGCUCAUUUGGAGAAGCUGCUGUCUCUGAUUCAUUUGCCAGUGGAUUUACCCUAUACAUCUUUGCUACGUUCUUUCGUGACAAUAUUGCAAUUCUGUAGUGGCCUCCUGAUUCCAGCUACUCCUCUGGGGAGCAAGAUAAGCCAAAUUUUGAUUGGUUGCGGCAGAGUACAGAAGUCAGCUCUGGAUGCCUUGGCAACGCUUUCUGAACGGAAAGGCUGUGACACAGUCAUAGGAAGCCUAUUUGACAUCCUUCUGGUAUACCUGGAGAGUCCAAACACCGGCCCUACUGUACUGAAGAAGUCAUUUCAAGCUAUGUCCAAAUGGUUGGCACGCUUGCCAGAAAUGUCCUGCGUCAACAGUCAGUGGCAAACUGAGAAGAUUUUGCAAGAUGUGUUUCUGGUGCUGCAGAAGCGUUUGUGCAGUCCUUGUUGGGAAGUACGAGAUUCUUCUCUGGAGUUCCUCACCUCCUUGAUUAAAAGCAUGAGAGACCAGGAUGAAUUCAGGGAGUCCCUCCUGUCUUCAGAGGUGCCAAAGCUUACAGAAAAUCUUCUUGAGGAUCCAGAGAGCUACGUGCGAGCGAGCGCUGUGACUGCUGUGGGACACUUGACCUUUGUUACUUACUCUCUUCCGGAGUCACCUGUCACCAGGACUCAGUACAAUAAAGAGGACAUUACAGCAAAGCUUCAAGAUAUCUUGUCGACAGACCAAGAGAGCUUUCCUCGGAGGGCUGUGAUCAGCAUCUUCACCAAGUGGCUGAAACAAGGCUGCACAGGUCAAGCGGAAGAUACAGAGCAGUUUGUCUCUAGAGCAAUCCAAACUGUAGAGCAUGACUUAGACUGGGAAGUCAGAAUUGGUGGGCUGGAACUGGUUGAAGUUUUCUGUGUCCAGACACUUUGCCGAGCUGGCCUUCCUAAAUACCCCUGUGCUCCUGUCUCAUCCGCAGUCACUAGUUCCAUUCAUCAGAAUGAGUCGCUGCAGAUAUUUUGCCGAACAAAAUUGUUCAAGUUUUUGUUUUGGUCUUUGUGUGACUAUGACAAGCCAGUGGGUCAGAAAGCUUGCGAUAUACUGCUUGUCUUAAGAGCUAGUCUCUCUCCAAGUAACAUGCUGAAAGAUUGCCAAGGAGCUGGAGAUUUAUCUGCUGGACGUGGCAUUCCUUGGUUGCAAAGGACUCUAAGGCAGGGUUCUCUGGCUCAGCACUUCCCAACAGAUGGUGGUAAUGGGGUGGACUUCGAAGAUCCAGAGAGCAUGAUGCUAGCUUUGGGAACAAUAGACUUAGAAGAACUACAUGAUGAACUAAAUAAAAGUACUGACCAUGUAGAGAAAAGCCCUCAGUCCCUUUUAGAGGACAUCCUUGCUACUGUGGGGACCACAGACGAGAAUGAAGCUGACUGUUACUAAACACGUGUUUUGCUUUGAGGGAAUAGUGCUGAAACAGUUUUAUUCUGGAGGAGAAUUUUUGCUACCAGUCUUAAGUCUUUCUUGAGAGGAGAUAAAAAAAAGCAUUACUCUGAAUGGAGAAAAGGAUGGUUUUGUUAGCUGUUAAAGAGGUUAGAAAAUCUUUGCUUUAAUACUGAUGAUUUUAUUUUAAGUAGUUUAUAAUGAAUUAAUCUGUGUUUUUUUUUUUAAAGUAAAUAAAUUCAUUUGUUCUGUUUUU